ACGAAGGACAGACACAAUAACAAAGCACCGGGAAAGAAAAAAAAGAAAAAUCUCGAGAGAGAGACGAAAAACCAAUGGCGCCUUCUUCCUCAAGCGGCCUCACCUUCAAGCUCCACCCCUUAGUGAUGCUUAACAUCUCCGAUCACUUCACUAGGGUCAAGACUCAGCUCAACCCUCCAUCCUCCUCCUGCGCCGCCGGGAAUACCCCCGCCGCGACGUUUCCGCAGAACUUUAGGGUUUACGGCUGCGUGAUCGGCGCCCAAAGAGGCCGAACGGUUGAGAUCUUCAAUAGCUUCGAGCUCGUGUUCGAUCCCACUACUGAUUCGCUCGAUAGAGCCUUCCUCGAGAAGAAGCAAGAGCUCUAUCAGAAGGUGUUCCCUGGCUUCUACAUAUUGGGAUGGUACUCCACGGGAAGCGAGGCUAAUGAAUCUGAUAUGCAUAUCCACAAAGCUCUGAUGGACAUUAAUGAAUCUCCGGUUUAUGUUGUUCUGAAUCCGGCUAUCAAUCACGCACAAAAGGAUCUACCUGUGACUAUCUAUGAAAGUGAGUUCCAUGUCAUUGAUGGGAUUCCGCAGUCUAUUUUCGUGGAUGCAAGCUACACUAUUGAGACAGUGGAAGCUGAAAGAAUAUCGGUGGAUCAUGUUGCACAUCUUAAGCCGUCUGAUGGAGGCUCAGCAGCGACUCAAUUGGCUGCUCAUCUUACUGGCAUACACAGUGCCAUCAAGAUGCUCAAUAGCAGAAUCAGAGUGCUCUUUCAGUAUCUUGUCGCUAUGCAGAAAGGUGAUAUUCCCUGCGACAACUCACUUCUAAGGCAAGCAGCUGGUCUGCUCAGAAGUUUGCCUGCUGCACACUCAGAAAAGUUUAACGAUAAUUUCUUGAUGGAGUACAACGACAAAUUGCUGAUGUCUUACCUAGCUAUGAUCACAAAUUGUACCAGCAACAUGAACGAGGUGGUUGACAAAGUCAAGACUGCAUACGCGAAGAAGAGUCGAACAGGCGGUAGUAGGAUUCCAUUCAUGUAAAUAUUAGUUUCAGCGUAGAACCCUUUUAGCAGUUCCUAAGAAAAUUUUAGAUUUUAAUGCAUUUCACUUUUCUGAAUUAAACAGAUAGUGACCUUUUUACUAAAAGCUUUGUUUGGACAAAAGUUAACGUUGGAUUACUAAUUUUUUGGUUCCUAAA